AUGACCCUCUUCAUCCUGACCGAGACCAGUGCGGGCUAUGCCCUGCUCAAGGCUAAGGACAAGAAGCUUCUGAAGCGUGAUGAUAUCGCUACUGAGGCUUCCACAGCUGAGGGUGUUUCCAACCUGCUCAAGCUGAAGAGCUUCCAGAAGUUCGACAGUGCCACAGCAGCCCUCGAAGAAGUCGCCUCCGUCGUUGAAGGAAAGGUUACUCCUCGUCUUGCCAGCCUCCUCGAUGAGAUCAAGGAUGAGAAGAAGGUCUCGCUGGCCGUGGCUGAUCCCAAGCUGGGAAAUGCCAUUGGAAAGCUUCCCGGUCUUGACAUCUCAUUGAUCGCCGAUUCCACAACGGCCGAUAUCUACCGCGCCAUCCGUGAACAUCUUCCUACGCUGAUUCCUGGUCUUCUUCCCCAGGACAUGUCUACCAUGUCUUUGGGUCUGUCCCACUCUCUCGCUCGUCACAAGCUCAAGUUCUCCCCCGACAAGAUCGACACCAUGAUCGUUCAGGCUAUUGGUCUGCUGGACGACCUUGACAAAGAACUUAACAACUACGCCAUGCGUGUGAAGGAAUGGUACGGCUGGCACUUCCCUGAAUUGGCAAAGAUCCUCAACGACAACAUCGCCUACUCCAGACUCGUCCUUAAGAUGGGUAUGCGAUCCAACUUUGAGAACGCCGAUCUCGCAGAGAUCCUGCCUGAAGAAAUUGAGGGCGCUGUGAAGGCCGCCGCCGACAGGUCUAUGGGUACAGAAAUCAGCGAGGAUGAUUUGGAGAACAUCCAGGCUCUGGCCGAGCAGGUCAUUGGUUUCUCUGACUACCGUUCCCAGCUCGCCGGCUACAUCACCGCCCGUAUGAACGCCAUUGCUCCUAACCUUACCGCUUUGGUUGGCGAUCUGGUUGGUGCCCGGCUCAUCGCCCACGCCGGUAGCUUGACCAACCUCUCCAAGAGCCCUGCCAGUACUCUCCAGAUCCUUGGUGCCGAGAAGGCGCUCUUCCGUGCUCUGAAGACCAAGCACGACACACCCAAGUACGGUUUGAUCUACCACGCCUCUCUAAUCGGUCAGGCCACCGGAAAGAACAAGGGUAAGAUGGCACGUGUCCUCGCCGCCAAGGCCUCUCUCGGUAUCCGUGUUGAUGCCCUUGCUGAAUGGGACGACGACGUUGCCGAGGAGGAGAAGGCCAACCUGGGUACUGAGGCCCGGUUUAACCUGGAGCGUAAGCUGGCCGCUCUCGAAGGCAAGCCCCUCAAGCCUCGUGGUGUUGCUAUCGGCCCCGACGGUGCCGCUCAGCCCGGCAAGUUCAAUAUCAGCGAAGCCCGGAAAUACAACCCUGAUGCCGACGCCAUGGAUCAGGAUGAGGCUACCCCCGCCAAGAAGAAGCUUGUUCAGGAGGUCCAGGACGAGGAGAUGGCCGAUGCUGACUCUGACGCUGAGCCCGCUGCUAACGGCGUUGAGUCUGACUCAUCUGACGAAGAGACAACCAAGAAGUCCAAGAAGAGCAAGGACUCAGAACUUGAGAAGCUCGCCGAGAAGGCCGGGCUAAGCCUCAAGCGAUACAAGCGAAAGCUCGAGCGAGGCGAGAUUGAGUUCGACGCCGCCGGUAACCCCAGCGCCGUGAGCAAGAAGGACAUCAAGAAGGCCAAGAAGGAGGCCAAGAAGGCAUCCAAGGGUGACGACAAGGAUAAGAAGCGCAAGCGGUCAGACGAGACCGAAGAUGCGGGCGACAAGAAGAAGAAGAAGAAGAGGGACGACUAG